AUGCUCGCAUUACAGUUGAACAAUCAUUGUGUCAAAGGCGCGUGCGGAGCAUGUGCGUACGGUUUCCGAUGUGAUUGUGAAAAGGAUAUACAGUCAGGUAUAUCCUGCCUUCAUGUCCAUGCAUGCCUCAUUUACGCUUCUUCAGGUAGAAUCGCAGCCCAAAACCAGGCCGAGAACGUGGAAUGCGUUGAGUCGACCGCGGCGUCUUUGGAAACUUCUUACAAUGAUGAGGGCCAUUCGUUCAGAACUUAUAUUCUGGAUUCAAAUAACAAUUUCGUUCACGAAAUAGAGAGGAAUCAUAGAGUAUAG